AAUGGUCUCACUGGACUCCGUUGAUGUAACAGCUGCGCCGGCAAAGGAAACUAAACUCAUGCAUUUCUUUAGUUUCAAUUAAUUUGCCCCAAGUUUAACAACAAAUAGUUAUAGUAGGAAGUAAAUAAUCGAAGCCAAAGCUCGUGCCAUGCAAAUUCGUCGUCCGAAAGGUGUAACAGUUCCGCAGUUGAUGGUGGUCACCGCUAUUGGUGUGCUGGGAGGGAUUUACAUUUGGCAGCCACUGAUAUUGAAGUACAAAAACGAGAAGAAAACGGAAAGCGCCGGCGAAUCGACAACUGAUCCUAAAAAAUGAGUUUCAUUAACGGCCUAAAGAAGUUCGCCACAACGACUGUCGGUCUCAUGGCUAUCGGCGUCGGAUCCACCGCUCUCAUCUACACCACCCAUCGCCUACUUAUUAAGCCCCAUUUAAACGAGAAACGCCGACUGGAGGCGGAAGCAUGUGCGGAGUAUCUGUUCCAGCAGGAGAAGCACGCGUCGCCAGUCGCAAGAUCAAGUCCAAAUCGGAGCGAUUACUAAUGCCCAGUGAUUUUAUAAAAAGCCUCUUUUUUACUUAUCGAGUCUAGUGUAGGGAUUAGCUACAAAUUUCAAUGCUGUAACCACCACGGUGGAGAAUGGAAUUCUACUUUCAUAUAUUACAUAUUUUCAGUUUGGGAAGAGGGGACUCUAUGUCCAUCCUCCAGAACCUAGCUUUCGUUUUCUUAUGUUCAAUUUAUAGAGUAGUAAACAACGUCCAUGUUAUAUAUCCAAUUUGAAUUUUUAUGGAAGCAAUAUACUUGAAUUUGAAUAAUUAGUGAAACAUACACACAUACAAUUGGUUGAAAAUAAACAUACAUACAUACGAAGAAUAA